AUGCCAAUUUAUGCAAAGCGUAAUUGGCAGGAAAGAGCGUUCACUGUUGGGAUAGGAGGACCCGUAGGCUCCGGGAAGACCGCAUUGAUGCUUGCACUUUGCCAAACACUUCGUGACAAAUAUUCCGUUGCUGCUCUCACCAAUGAUAUAUUCACACGCGAAGAUGCCGAGUUCCUCGUGCGUCAUAAUGCUCUUCCAACUGAACGCAUUCGUGCGAUCGAAACUGGGGGUUGUCCGCAUGCUGCUAUCAGAGAAGACAUUUCUGCAAACUUGGGGGCACUAGAGGAGCUUCACGCCAUUUUUAACACGCAGCUAUUACUUAUUGAAAGUGGUGGAGAUAAUCUGGCAGCUAAUUAUUCAAGAGAAUUGGCUGAUUUCAUUAUUUAUGUAAUAGAUGUUGCCAGCGGCGAUAAAAUCCCUCGGAAAGGAGGUCCAGGAAUAACGCAGUCAGAUCUUCUCAUUAUCAACAAGACAGACCUAGCAGACAUUGUUGGAGCAGAUCUUGGCGUUAUGGAAAGAGAUGCACGUCGAAUGAGACAAGGUGGGCCAACAAUCUUUACUCAAGUAAAGAAUGGAAUCGGUGUCUCUGACGUAGUCGAGCUGAUCUUAGCAGCAUGGAGAGCAAGUGGUGCAUCUGGAGAUGCAUGA